AUGCGUCACUCAUCUCCGUACAACAUUCAGUGGGAUUUUGAGUUACGUGCUGUUGUCGAUCUUAAACUACUCUCCUUGCUUCAAUCUAUCGUGUCCCAAUGGAAUAAUCUGAGUUUCGAAGAUUUGGGACACGUGUACGUACAUAUACAUACACACUCAAGGCGGUAUGAACCUUUGGUUAUGGCCAACCGGCUUACUGGUGGUAUAAGUACGAAUCAAAGUUAUUACCUGAUAAGCAUUGGAUUUUCCUUUUCCUUUCCUGUCGAUGAAUCGGUGGCAGAUAUGCAGAUAUGA